UGAGCAGGCUGAUCACUACCCAGGAAGGAGCUGGGGUGAGAGUGGGCAAGGAAGGGACAGAGAAGGUGAAGGCAGAGGGGGAGGUGAUGAAGGGGAGGGGAGGAGGGUGAAGGGGAGGGGCCGAGCCUGCCAGGAGGUUCGCCCUGAGACUCUCGGAGCUGGUAUCAGCGCCUUGUGCUGUCGCUGGGCACAAGCUGGUACACCCCUGGAGACGGGCAGCGCUCGCCGUGAGCUGGCAGCAGCAGCUGGGGGAGGACCAGACUGUCCCCUGGGGGGCAGGGACCUGGCACAGGGUCCGUAUGAUCAGCUCGGUGUGUGUGUCAUCUUAUCGAGGGCGCAAGUCCGCCAAGAAAGCUCCCCCGAAAGCAUGCCCGGAGGAGGAGAUGGGCACGGGAGAGGGCAGCGACAGGAUCACCAUCAAUGUCGGAGGGACGCGGCAUGAGACCUACAGGAGCACCCUGCAGACCCUCCCCGGGACCCGGCUGGCGCGGCUCACCCAGCCCCGGACCCAGCCCCGGACCCAGCCCCAGCCCCAGCCCCGGACCCAGCCCCGGACCCGGACCCAGCCCCGGACCCAGCCCCAGCCCCAGCCCCGGACCCAGCCCCAGCCCCAGCCGGAGCCCAGCGGCGGGCAGCUCUUCUUUGACCGGCACCCCGGCAUCUUCGCGUCGGUGCUGAAUUAUUACCGGACCGGUAAGCUGCACUGCCCGGCGGAUGUGUGCGGGCCGCUCUUUGAGGAAGAGUUAGCUUUCUGGGGUCUCGAUGAGACUGAUGUGGAGCCCUGCUGCUGGAUGGCGUACCGGCAGCACCGGGAAGCCGAGGAGGCACUCGACAUCUUCCAGCCGCUCGGAGCUGGCCCCGGGGAGGAGGUAUGUGAGCCCGGGGGGGUGCCCGAGCCGGGACCGGGACCUGCACCUGGCCGGGGGCCGGGGGAAUAUGGUUGCAGCCGCUCGGCCCCUCUCUCCUGCUGGAGCCGGUGGCAACCCCAGAUCUGGGCGUUAUUCGAAGAUCCCUACUCGUCCCGAGCAGCACGGUUUAUCGCGUUUGUAUCCCUCUUUUUCAUCCUCUUAUCAAUCACCACCUUUUGCCUCGAGACACAUGAGGCUUUCAACAAGAUCAUUAACUUGACAGAAUAUACAGUGGUGGGGAACAGCACUCAGAUAGUAAGUGUGUAUGAGAUAGAGACAGAGCCCGCCCUCAUGUAUGUGGAAGGCGUGUGUGUCAUGUGGUUCACUUUGGAGUUUAUGGUCCGCAUUUCCUUCUGCCCUAAUAAGCUGCUAUUUGUUAAGAAUAUGCUGAAUGUCAUUGACUUUGUGGCUAUUCUGCCCUUCUAUCUGGAGCUGGCACUUCGUGGAUUGACCUCCAAGGCAGCAAGGGAUGUUCUGGGCUUCCUCCGGGUUGUCAGGUUUGUUCGGAUUCUGCGGAUCUUCAAGCUUACCCGGCAUUUUGUGGGAUUGAGGGUGUUGGGACACACCUUGAGAGCCAGCACCAAUGAGUUCCUCCUGCUCAUCAUCUUCCUUGCACUGGGAAUUCUAAUCUUUGCCACAAUGAUCUACUAUGCAGAGAGACUUGGUGAAAACCCUAACACUGUGAGCCCCACUCAUUUCAAGAAUAUCCCCAUUGGCUUCUGGUGGGCAGUAGUCACCAUGACUACACUUGGCUAUGGUGACAUGUACCCCCAGACUUGGUCGGGUAUGCUGGUGGGAGCAUUAUGCGCCCUGGCUGGUGUGCUUACUAUUGCGAUGCCAGUGCCAGUCAUUGUCAAUAACUUUGGAAUGUAUUACUCACUGGCAAUGGCCAAACAAAAACUCCCCAAGAAACGCAGGAAGCACUUUCCCUGUGGGACGCAUGCCAAGACUACAGGCCUUUGCAAUUCAGACUUGAACUCUUCAUGCAACAGCCCACAGAGUGACAGCAAUCAAAUUGCUGCUGAGGAGAUAAGAGAGAGAAAGAACUCAGACUCAAAACAGAAUGGUGAAGCAAACAUGGCCCAAUCUGAUGAGGAAAAUGCUGCACUGAACCAACCAUUGACAGCCGAUGAGAGUCAGGUGCUCAGAUGCUCCAGUAUGAGGGACAAAAACAAGAAAGGGACAACCUGUUUCUUAUUGACAGCUGAGAACUGCAAAGAUGUCCACAAAGUUAACUACACUCAAGCAGAAGUAAUCACCCUGUCUUAAUGGUAAAUAGUGGAGGUCGGAGAGCAAAGGGCGAACAUCCUUGUUUUGUCCAAAGUGAAACAAUGACAAGUUCCAGACCACAGCAAUCUGGCUGCACCAAUCGGGUUGAAGAUCAGAAGCUAGGAACCAUUGAAUACUCAUAACUAUUAAAUUGGCUGUAAUAUAUAUCUACAUAAUCCUGUAAAAGCAUGACUGUACGGUGGUUCUGUAAAAUAUGUAUUAUGGAAAAAAUUAAGUAUAUUUAUUAUAUAUAUAAAUAGGUUUCUAGAUAUGUACUAUAUACAUUUGUUAACAUGUAGAUCAUAAUGUGCAAAGAUCUCUGAAAUUCCAGCAAUAGAUAAAUGAUCUUUAUUUUAUCAUUACUUGUUGCACAUUUUAUAUUUGUCUACUACUAUCUAAUAUUGUAUUCAAGGAAAGAUGUAUGAAUUUUACCUCUGUGAGUAACUUAUUAUGUAGUCUGUUGUAUUUUAGUUUUAGGUGUAACCAAUCAACAGAAUUAACAUUUCGAAAGUUCUUGAAGUAAACAACAUCUCGUGAGUUCCAAGUUUAUUAGCAAUGAACUAAGUCAAGCUCCCAUUCACAGUAAAACUAAGAUUCCAGUAAGAAUGUGAAAAGUUGCCAAUGGAAUAAAUCUGAGGUAAAUGCAGAAAAUGGUGGAGAUAGUCAGUGUGUCAGAGCAUACAGAAUAACUAAAAACUACAACCCAAACAUAAAACAAUAACCUUUCUUUUGAAAGCUGAUUAAUCUACUGUGUAUUUCUAGAGUGGUCUUAAUGUUCUAAUAUUACAUCAGGGGGAUUGUGAUGUUGGUAAGUUUGAUAAGUCGCAUUUCUGUGUCCUUUCUAAUGUGCUGUAAUGUCCUGUGUUCUGUGUCUCUGGCAAUAAUCAACAACAUUGCACCUUAAUGUCAUGUUUAUAUGUUGUUGAGCAUGAAGCUGUACCAUUGUACUUGGAUGGAAAUAAAGAAAUUAUCCUUUUCCAGUUAA